AUGUCUUUGGUGAAGGAGGUUGAGAAUUUGCCUUCAGAAGAGCGUCGUAAAAUAACUGAACUCAUAAAGGCUAAUGAAGGCCAAUCUGAAUCACAUAAUGGAUCUAAGCAGGAUUCUUCAACAUCUUGGAUGUAUGAGCAGCCAAAGCGUAGUGGGGAAGAUUUUCUUCUUGGAAAGGCCAUUAAGAGCCUGGAAGAACUCGCCGAAAUCAACCGAGACCAAGAGGAGGAAACUCCUACUCAACGUCUCACUCGUUUGGAUAUGGAAGCGAAAUUUCGCGAAGACCCUCUCAAUCGUAUGCGGCAGCACGAAAUGGAAAAACGUAGUGCUUUACUGCAAAAUACUGCAAGAAUGAAGAAGCUGCAGAAACUUAUUGAGAUGCAAAAUGCUGCUAAGCAGAAAGCAGAAAAACGCAAGGAAAAAAAACGUUCCAAAAAGGAGCACAGGAAGCAGAAACGUCGCGUCUCAGAUUCCUCCUCUUCUUCUUCUUCAUCAUCAGAUGAUGAAAUUUUGGAGAAGUUUAUCAGUCUCAUCUCGAAGGUGGAUGAAGUGAUGAACGAUGGCAAUGGCGGCUGCUCAGUUUCGGAAAAUUCUAAAUCGGAAAAGAGCGAUAGGAAAGAGAAAAAACACAAGCAUAAACAUAAACACCACCAUACCCAUCAUUCAUCGAAGAAGAGCAAGAAAUCUUCAGAAACCCCGAGAUCUUCAAAAGACAGCCAUCCGAAGUUGAUUUCUGGAGGACCAUUGCGUAGUUCAAAGGAGCGUGAUCGUUCGCGUCAUCGGUCUAAAUCAGUUUCCCCGAAAAGGUUUUCAGAUAGACCUCUCCCGCGUCGUGAUGACAGCGUUAGAGGUCCCUAUGGACGAAGGUAUACCAAGAGCCCUCCAAUGCGUAAUCGAUCGUCUCCACAUAGAAAAAGAUCUAGGUCGAGGUCACAAGAUUUUAGCAGGAACGUGACGAAAAAACGGACUCAAGAAGAGAUGGCAGCCUUGAGGGAACAAAUGGCAGCGGAUGCGAAAGAACGUGAGGCUGAACGAGUUAAACGAUUUGAACAGCAUCAGCAUGAAAAAGCGAAGGAGGAAAAUGAGGAAGGACAGUCAAGAGUUCGCGUUGGAGCCUCUUUUCUGCGAGGACUGACUCUGAAACAUGUUGCCUCGACCUCAGUGGAAGAGGUUGUUCAGAGACACGCUAAUAAGAGACAGAGAGGAGGCAUGGAUCAGAACUUUUUGAGGAGAUAA